CCUGUUUUAGCUGUGGUGCAAGACGCUGGACUUUUCCCUAAAAACUUCCCUUUCCUUUUCCUUCCAUUCUCUCUCCUCGUUUUGUAAUCCCUCAUUCAACAUGACAACAGAUUCCAUUUCUGCACCAAAUCCCAGUUCAACUUCGCUCAACACCGAUCAUUCGACCAACAAACGCGAAAAUGAAUUCAACGAUUCCAAUUCUGCAUCCAAAAAAUCAAAAUACGAGAACGAAUUGAAGACCUGUAGUGCCAAAGGUGAAGCAUCCAGUACAAGGGGUUCGAAAAUUGAAGAAAAGUUGUUCGCAAUAGAAGCGGACGCGGCUGAAGAUAAGGGCUUGCGUCAAACCAUGGAGGACGCUUGGGUUGUUCUCCACGACGCCAGAUUGGAUUUCACCGGAAAGUUGAGAUGUGCACAUUUUGCGAUAUAUGAUGGCCAUGGAGGUCGGUUAGCUGCAGAGUACGCUCAGAAGCAUCUUCAUGUUAAUGUUCUUUCAGCGGGCUUAUCACGUGAGUUGUUGGAUGUUAAGUGUUCAAAGAAGGCUAUACUCGAAGGAUUUCGAAAAACUGACGAGGUUCUCCUCCAGGAAAGUGCUGCAGGGGGAUGGCAAGAUGGUGCUACGGCUGUAUGUGUCUGGGUGUUAGGACAAACAGUGUUUGUUGCUAACAUUGGAGAUGCUAAGGCUGUGGUAGCACGUUCAUCUAUAGUAGAUGGUUCACAGAGUGAUUUGGAUGGAUUAAGCUCAUUAAAGGCCAUUGUUUUGACACGGGAACACAAAGCCAUAUAUCCACAAGAACGAGCACGCAUUCAAAAGGCUGGUGGAUCUGUAAGUUCUAAUGGACGACUUCAGGGGCGGCUUGAAGUUUCUAGAGCUUUCGGUGAUCGGCAGUUCAAGAAGGUUGGUGUUGUUGCAACCCCAGAUGUUCAUUCAUUUGACCUGACUCAGAGAGAUCACUUCAUGAUUCUUGGCUGUGAUGGCUUGUGGGGGGUGUUUGGACCUAGUGAUGCUGUUCAAUUUGUCCACAAAUCAUUGAAGGAGGGCUUACCAGCUGCAGCAGUAAGUCGCCGGCUUGUACGAGAAGCUGUCCGUGAGCGCCAUUGCAAAGAUAACUGCACAGCAGUUGUCAUUACAUUCCGAAAGGUCCAGUGAAAACUAUCAACAUUGUUUUGAAUCUUACUGACCUGCGUCCCAUGAUCAAGGUGGGUGGAUUUGUUCUUGCAUAUUUAUUGUUCAAUGAAUGUAUCUUCUGUGGUAUUGUUCCAUUUUGGAUCAUGACUUGAAAAUGCCACAGAAGUUUGUGAUGUGUAACUUGCUGCUUGUUGGAUAUUGUGAUGUGACCGUGUCAUAUUGGCAUCCCAUUUUCUUUAUUCUUUCUAUUGUAGGAUUUUUAUCUGCACUGGAUCAUAAAUUAUUUUCACCCGUAAAUGUCUGUUGAUUGAUUUUCAGAACAAUGUUUGCUGUGCAGUUAUAUCUCGUGAUGUUUUGCCAUAAAAAUUA